UGUGUGUGUUUAUUAAGAAAAAACUUUGACCUUCAGGUGCAAGUUCCUUUGUCGUUUGGUGGUCUUCACACUUUUGAUUGGUUUCGUAAUAUAUCACUUCACUAUAGUUCUGUAUAUUGACAUGUUGCUUUGGACGGUUAGCUACUUGGAAACUACUUCACUCAGUUGGCUCUACAAACGAAUGCUCAUUAAGUAGAAGUUUUCUUCGAUCCCAUUAGUAAUAGUCCAAAUUCACUGAAAACACAAUGCACUUAAAUUACUUGGUAUCCUCGACUCAAAGGGUCUGAAUUAGUCAAGCGUACAAAACAGUAAAUAUUGAAAGCUCUCCUGAACCGAUCGAUUCAGAACUUCUUUUCAUUGUAAGCUCGACUCAUUUUCGGAAUAUUGUUUCGUUCGCAGAGUUAGAAGUAUGAGUAAAUAAGGGCUUUCCUAGAACUCAUGGAAUUUCUAUAAGUUAAGUGACUUCUUCAUACGUAGACCAUUCCCACCAAAGAUAUAUAGUGUGUAUACAGUCUGUUAUUAAAAUGCUUUCAGAUGUUUAUUCUUAUUAACCGCACUUCUUCGUAUUACUGUAAUUUAUCCCUUUUACUUCUAACGCUCAUCUGACAGUCUAGUUUCAGAGAGUUCUAGGAUCUAAGUCAAAUCGUUAACGUUUGCGGCGUCGAAAAUUGCUGAAGUUAUCUUCCACAACACAUCAGCAACUCCGGUUUUAGCAUCUGAAGCCAGACUUUGUCUUCAUAGUAUUAUAGAUUGCAGAGAUUACCAUGUUUCGUCUGGCUUCCUAUUUAUACUUUUUGAAACUGACGAGGUUUUUUGGUUCUUACUCUUUCCUCUUAAAUGAAGUAACCAAAUUUUUGAUACACUUUUACAUAACAUUCUAACCACUUGCCACAAUAGGUCGGUAAUUAUCGGUUGUCUGUGCAACUUAAUUUUACCAAAUAUUCUGUAAGAUGGGCGUUAUUGAAAUGUGUACGGUGUCAUAUUAUUUAGGGGUAAGUCGGUUUGUUGUGGAUCUCCAUAAACACGAAGGGUAAUUCAUGUUGGCUCUCCGUAAUAGCCAAGCUUCAUCGUAGGUGGAUAUGCUAAGAUUCGGCAGGGUUCGAACGUUGAACUUUACAGCAGUUUGAUGUAAUGUGAUACAUGAUUUCGUAAACUCGGACCGUUACGAUUGGUGGCAAGUACAAUCUAUUUCGAAAUCGAAGGAAGCGAAUGGAAAAUUCAAUUGUGAACAAAACUAGAUUGUUUUACUAGAGGUAUGGGUACGGUAAACUGGUCUAUGGGUUGUGACGACCGCAAAGCGUGAUCAUAGAGCCCACAAGACGGCUGCUUGAGGCCGAUCAGUUUCACUCAGCAGUCUCUGUUGUGUUAUCUUGAUAUCUUCAAAGUCCUACCGCCUCAGUGAAAAUCUGUUUCUCACGGUGAGGCUUGGUACUUUUAAGGUCGACUUAACCUGAUCCCUCGUCCUUGUUGUAAAGGCACGGUCACUAAAUAUCCCGAUUGUCUGGUAGAAGACCACGUACUGUCGUCACACCAAUACCAGUAGUACUUCGCCUUCCGACCUGCAACUCACCAAACCAACAGCUUGUCAUUUUCGAACUUGAGGAAACAAAUGUUCCAGUUAGUUUAACUCUAUUAAGUCAUCAUGACAGGCAAACAACUCUCUAAAGUAGCACUUACAGUCACUGACCUUAUUAUUUAGAAAAUUUUCAAUAUGAUUGUUUCCUGUUUUGUACUAUUUUCACUUCAGCUAGAAAUGUACAGGUAAUGAAUUGUUCAUAACUUGCCCAAACAAUAUUACAGCUACAUGAACAGAUUCACUUCCGUACUUGGUAUGUAGUUGUUAUUCUUUAGCAAAGAUACUACCGACUUAUAUUUUCUUAAUCGAGUUCAUCAAACUUACUAUCUCAUUUAAUCGUUUCAGUAUUAUGGAGCACAGCACAGACAGUCAGGGUGAAGAAUCUAGUUAUCAAGAACCUUCGUAUUAUGAGGGUCUAGAUGGUUCUUUGCAAGAUCAUGAUGCAGACUAUCAAGCGGGUGAUAUCGAACAAAGAUCACCACUUCGUGAGCAAGACCGUUUUCUGCCAAUAGCUAAUGUUGCUAAAAUAAUGAAAAGAGCAGUACCUGGGAAUGGAAAAAUUGCUAAAGAUGCUAAAGAAUGUGUGCAAGAAUGUGUAUCAGAGUUUAUCAGUUUCAUCACUAGCGAAGCUGCUGAUAAGUGUCAAACUGAAAAGCGUAAAACUAUUAACGGUGAAGACAUUCUGUGUGCUAUGAAUACACUUGGCUUCGAUAAUUACAUUGAACCACUUAGAGCGUUUCUAGUCAAGUUUCGUGAAAUUAGCAAACUUGAGUCUUCAUUCAUUGAUGAAUCAUCUGUUCCCACCACAAUGUCUACCGUCCCCUCAGCGGUUGGUUCGGCUGUGAUCUUGAGUCCAACACUAUUAUCAACUGGCCCCAGUGGUUUAACCAACAUACCUUCACGAUCCCUGGCUGGCAGACAGUAUGCUGUAGUUAACGGCUCAAAUGAUAUACAAAACAAUAAUGUUCAUUCCGUAUCGACUCCAGAUAUCAAAGUAGCAAAUGCAGGAAUGACUACCCUAGGUACCCCUGUGUCUUCUUCUUUAGGGACUACAAUUAUUUUGCCAAUAUCAACUCCUUUGGCCUUCGUUAGUGGGCCUCAAACGUCAGUCUCGCUGGCCGACCAAUCGACGGAUUCAGUUUCUUGAUUCUAUGAUAAGUUCCGUUGGACGCACACUUGUAGUUUCUCAAUGUACGUGUUUAUCUACUUGCUUCCUCUGUUUAUCUUGUCAAAUAUAUUUAUACAUAUGAAUGCUUAAUCAUUUGAUUAUUUCCUUGUAUCAUGUAUUCUCACUUAGAAAUUGACUUUUCCAACUGAUAAUCGUAAUGCAAACAACAGAUCUUAAGUUUGUUUUCCCUGUUCAUAAACGCUAUUAAUCUUCAUUUUUCUACUUUUCAAUCUAAUUUUAAGGUGGAAAUAAGAUCAAUGAAUCUACAUUUUCUUUUCGUAUAUAUAUAAUCCUAUCUAGAAUUGUAUUGUCUUCAAGUUCCUGUUUACUACAUAUAUUAUUAUCAUAUUAAAAUUGUAUUUUUAAUUGCAUCUCCAGUUACCAAUUUUGUUUUAUGAACUGUUAAUUCUCUAUCACUGCUGUGAAAAGCUUUUAUGCUUCCACAUUCUGUUUGUAAUUCAUCCUCAUGUUUCAUAUUCCACUCAUCAUUAUCAAGCGAUCAUACUAUUUUUCUCUCUAUCGUUUAAUAAUACUUUCCUAAGAAUAAACCCAGUUAAGAUGUUUUUCAUUUAUGUAUUAGAAUUUCAUUUUUCCAUUACUGUUUAUUUGUAAUUUAUACUAAACAAUGAUGUUUGUAUACUCGCAGAUUGAUUCUGCGUGAUUUUACUUCAUACAAAAAUUAACGAUUCUGUUAUACCA